AUGUCAGUCAAAUUACCCUCUAUCGUUGAUUCCGACUUAGACUCCCUCUAUGCACCUGACGAUAGACCUGAGGUUUUUCAAAACUCCAACGACUUGCCCCUUGAAACUUUGGUAAACCACAUCUUGCCUAUUUCACAAGAUAUUGGAGGAAGAGUGCUCAAGGUCCCGGGAACUGCAAAACCAGGAUUUUCAGAGAUUUUCAGAAAUGGGGCUUUCCCAAAUGGAGUGAAGGAGUAUUUGUUGCCAGAAUUGAACACUUACCAUGCCAUAUUCGAGUCAGCUGUCCAGAGACAUCCAGAUAGACCUUGUUUGGCCUACCACGAAUACGAGUUUGAGAACCAAGAACACAAAGAGAGAUAUGUCUCUGUCACUUACAAAGAGGUGAAUGAUUGGAAAAACAACUUUGCCAGCGGAUUGGUGUUUUUGCUCGAGACCAACCCAUACAAAAAUCUAGACUUGGAAUCUCACCAAAAGAUUAUCAACCACGCUAGAGAUUACAAGAGUUACAACGCAUAUAACCUCUCAUUUGUUGCAACAUUCUAUUCAGGUAACAGACCAGAGUGGACCAUUGCGGAUUUGGCAUGCUCAUCCAAUUCUAUUGCAACGACUGCAUUGUAUGACACGUUGGGUCCAGCAUCAUCCAAAUUCAUUUUACAAAGUACUGAGUCACCAGUGAUUGUCUGUUCCAAGAAUAAAGUUGAAACAUUGGUUAGUAUGAAAGCAUCCAACCCCAAAGAGCUCGAAUCGUUGAUAGCUCUUGUCUCGAUGGAUCCUUUAAACGUAAAGGACAACAACAAGGACGCAGCAUUGGUUAAACUUGCUGAAAAGAACAAUAUCAAAUUGUAUGACUUCAAUCAGGUUGUGAAAAUUGGCGAAGUGUUUCCUCGAGAAGCAACUAUCCCUAGUCCAGAUACUACUUUUACACUCACGUUUACUUCGGGAACUACUGGUGCAAACCCAAAGGGAGUGGUUUUAUCGCAAAGAGCAGCGGCUGGUGCUAUCCAGGGGUACUCAAUGUUACUACCCCACCAUAAAAACAUGAGAGAGUUUGCAUUUUUGCCGUUGGCACAUAUUUUUGAAAGACACAUUUCUGCGUCAAUGUUUCUCUGUGGAGGUUUAGUAGGGUUCCCAAGAAUAGGUGGCACUCCUCAGACGUUGUUUGAAGAUUUGAAACUUUUCAAACCCACAUUUUUUGCAUGUGUCCCGCGUGUCUUCUCCAAGAUCGAGACAACCAUUAAGGCGUCAACAAUAGAUUCCUCAUCAAGAAUUAACAGAGCCUUGUACACUCAAGCCAUUGAGGCGAAGCGCUCGAAACAAGCCAGCGGUGGUAAAGGUGAGCAUUUCAUUUAUGACCAAACUUUGAUCAGAAAUUUACGUUCCAAGUUUGGUUUUGAUAAUAUAGAGACUUGCUACACUGGUGGUGCUCCCUGUGCUGCUGAAAGUAUCGAGUUUAUGAAAGCUAGUUUAGGAAUUGGUUUCAGUCAGGGAUAUGGACUGAGUGAAUCCUUUGGUGGAAUCGUUAUGUCUUUGCCAUUCCAUACACCCAGUGUGGGAACGUGUGGCUCAAUUAGCCCUAUGGUGGAGGCCAGAUUGAGAGCAUUGCCAGAAAUGGGCUACGAUUUGACUGAUGAGGGUGGCCCAAGAGGAGAGUUGCAAUUGCGUGGAGCAACAAUGUUUAGCCACUACUAUAAAAAUCCAGAAGAAACUAAGAAAAGUAUCGAUGAAGAUGGGUGGUUUUCAACUGGAGAUGUGGCUCGUAUCACAAACGAAGGAUGGUUCAAUAUUAUUGACAGAGUCAAGAAUUUUUUCAAAUUAGCUCAAGGAGAAUACGUCACCCCUGAAAAAGUGGAGAACUUGUACCUCACUACUAACUCUAUCUUGACACAAGUGUUUGCACACGGUGACUUUACUCAAUCGUACUUGGUUGGGAUCAUCGGAGUCGAUCCGGUUAGUAUCGUUUCGUUUCUUAAAGAAGAAUGUAACGUGCCAGCUAGUGAGUUAGACACCGAAGAGAAAAUCCUCAAAAUUUGCAAUACACGCAAAGUCAGAACUCAAUUACUAUUACAUUUAAACACAAACAUUGCAUCUGCUCUCAAUGGGUUUGAAAAGUUGGCUAAUUUAUACAUUGAGUUUGAGCCGUUGAGAUUAGAAAGAGAAGUUGUUACCCCAACAUCUAAAUUGAGAAGGCCAAUCGCAUCCAAAUUCUUCAAGUCGCAAAUUGAUGCCAUGUACAAAGAGGGCCAAAUUUUGAAGGAUUUGAAAUUGUAA